UUGGUCUAUAUUUGCAGAUUUUGGGGAGCAAACAUGUCUUCCGAGGAACAAAAGAUACUGGACUACCGCAAGGAUGUCAACAAGCGCCUGGAGAAGUACCAGGCGCUGCGCGACUUGGACAUCUUCGUAUUGGACAACUCGAUGCGUGAGAGCACCGUGGGGCAGCUACGGGGCCACACCCUGGAGAGCAAGUGGCAGAUCUACGACGAGGUCAAGAAGUGCGGCUUCAAGAACACCAUCGUGGCCUCCUUCUCGCACAUGACCCGCGUGGACGACGUCUUCAUCAAGCAGCUGACGGAGCGGGGCGAGGACCGGCAAGGCCUAUGGGCUUUCUCCGAGAUUACAGAAGGUACACUGACGGGGAGCCCCAAAGCAAAGAAAAGCAAAACCAAAUAUUUAGAACGUGGCGCCAAGGGCAAAGUCCCCGAUACCGAGUCCGUCCCCGUCGGUAUCCGCAAGUUGUGCGAGGUCGGCCUGUACAACGUCAUCUUCGAGGUGGACCUCAGCGAUGGAGUCUACGACUUCGAGAAGUUCCCUAUGCCGAAGAUGCUGGAGCUGCUCAAGAAAUGGACGGUGUGGUGCCACGAGAAUCUCCACAAAGAAGCUAAGAUCAUGUUCAGUUUCCGCGAUUUGCCGGACACCAUGCCCGACCACCCGGAGCGCGUGUUCCAGACCGUGGCUUACCUGGCCAACCUGCCGGGGGACCUCCGUCCCUUCGGCAUGAUGUUCGAGGAGCCCAGAGGCAAGACCUUACCGGAGGAGUGCGGGGCCUGGGCCAAGUACAUCCGCCAGACCAUGGACGAGAAUAACUGGAAGGGGCACCUGCUUGUCCACGUGCACGAGAAGUUUGGCUACUGCGAUGCCACAGCUCUGCAGGUCCUCAUGGACGGUGCUGACGGUAUCUGGGCCAGCGUCUGCGCCGAGGGUGCCUCCAUGGGCAACGCCUCCUCCUGUGUCACCUUGCUGAAUCUCAUCCGACUCGGCAACAAAAAAGUCUUGGAGAAAUACAACUGCACCUACCUGAGAAAGGCCGCAAUCAACGUGACCAAGAUCACCACGGGCUCAGCUCCGCACAGGAAGCAGCCAGUCUUCGGUCCCCGAGCUACCGAUUUCGUCUUCGAUCUGAAGCCUGAGGAGUUCGACUUGGCCAGCUUCUUCGGGGAGAAGGCUCCCGUGCGAAUCACCACCAUGGCCAGCAAGGAGAUGAUCCAGCAGCGCUUGGUCAGGCUGUACGGGAACGAUCCGCAGUUCACUCUGGACUUGACCAACAAGAUGAAGGCGCUGAUCUUGGAAGAUCUCCGUUCUGGAAGAAAGGAAGAAUACAUGAGCAAAAUCGGCCUGGCGAUGCUCAUGGACCGCGCUGGGGGAAAACUCACCGAGCCUAUGCGAGACGCAAUCGACAAGGUAGAGAUCAGGGCCCCCAACGCCAACAACCUCAUCAAAGAGAUCCGCAAGAUGUGGGACGAGUGGGACUUGAAAGACAAGGUCCAAGGUGACAACAUGCUCCAGUACGAUAACUUCUACAACGGCUUCAUGGCACCGUACUUUUCCUGCUACCGUUGCUCCGACACCAGACGCGCUCUCCAGGCCGUCGACAUGGAUGCUGACGGUCAAGUAGAUUGGAACGAGUUUCUGGUCUACCUCAAGUGGGCGCUGCACGAGUAUCCCCACAUCUCUGACACGGAGCAGCUGCUUGAUAUUGCCUUCCGUAAAGGUCUGAUCCCGGCCAUGCGAGAUGAAAUGUUAGUUAGUCUCGGUCAAUAGAAAGGUAUUAGUGUCCAUGGUCUUGGUCAAUAGAAAGGUAUUAGUGCCCAUGGUCUUGGUCAAUAGAAAGACAUAUAGUGCCUGGCAUGAAUCGACUAUCCUGUCCCGAAUUGAGACUUAGAAUUUGCACCAUCAUAAUGUUUCCUUUAUAUAAAAAAUCUAUGUUUUUAUAAAAUGAGUAUAUGAUUUAUAUAUUGUUGGUUUAUCGUAAUAUUUUGUAUUUUCAAAUUGGGAAAACAGAAAGUUAGGCAGUAGCGCGGUUUGCAAUGAAGUAAUUGCAUACUUUGUAGGCUUUCAUUGUUAAAUAAAAUCUGUCUCAUUAAAUGCAUCUCAAUAUUAGUUUACGUAUUUAUGAGUAAGUUAUAGUUAAAUAUAUUAAUCAUAAUAAUACGUGGUGGUUGGUACCUUUCGUACUUUCCAGGUCCAAAAAAACUUAGUUACAAAGCAUUGUCAACGAAAAUACGAAAAAGAAAAAACAACGAAUAACUAAAUUACCAAGCAAAGUAUUUUGCACACAAGAAUCAUGUUAGUAAUGGUUACUUUAAUCGAUGCGCAUGCACUUUCGAAGAUUACGGUUAAAUUGAUCCUUUUGUUUUAAAGAA